AUGAAUAAUACACUGGACAAUUUCUUGCGCUUAAAUCGACUUCUCCUAUCAUCACUUGGACAAUGGCCGCAGCAAGACCGCACUUCAAAAAUUUGCGCGCUUAUAAGUGCCGUUUUUUUCCUUGCGUCUCAAGGAUACUUUCAGACUGGUGGGAUGAUUGCUGCGUUGCGUGAUCCGCCUAUUUUCAUGGAAUCGAUACCUCCGGUUUUAAUAAGUGUUAUGUGUCUUGUCAAGUUUAUUAAUUUUAAUUACAACGCCGAUAAGAUGAAAAGACUUUUGGAAACACUACAAGCCGAUUGGAAUUCUAUCGAUGAUGAAAAAGAACUUGAAAUUUUGAAUUCUUGGGCUAAGAAUAGUAAGAAGACAACAAUUAUGUAUGCAGGCGCAGUCUAUGGAUCCAUGGUUCCAUUUAUGCUAGGACCACUGGUGCCGAUAAUUUGCAAAUUUAUUCCCGAAAGCAUAGUACCUUCGAACAGCAGCAUAGCUUCUGCAAGGCCAUUGAUGUUUCAUAUAGAAUACUUGUAUGAUAUAGAGAAAUAUUACUUUCCGCUGGUUAUACAUUCAUAUUUUGGAACUAUGACGUAUAUAACUGUUGUUGUUGCUAUUGAUACGAUGUUUAUGGUCUACGUACAACACGCCUGUGCAAUUUUUGUAGUCAUUGGAAAUCGCUUGGAACGUUUAGUCGACCACGAUACAAUAUUUUUCAACGCCAAUCUAGAUAUUUCAAUCGACGAACCUUACAAACGGAUGAUCAAAUGUAUAAUCCAACACAGCAAAACUCUUGAAUACACGCAAUUGAUUGAAUCAGCAAACUCUGUAUCAUUUCUAUUUCAAUUGGGAAUCAACAUGGUCACUAUCAGCUUCACUGGCUUUCAAGCCGCAAUGAAAUUGGACCGCCCUGAUGAAGCUUUUAGGUACGCAAGUUUCACAAUUGCCCAAACGUUCCACCUAUUUUUUGAAAGUUGGCCCUCGCAAAGAUUGGCCGACGAAAGUGCUCGGAUAAGCGAAUACACAACAAAGUGUGCUUGGUACCUCACUUCAAUGCGCUCUCGGAAAUUACUUCAUCUCUUUAUAAUGAGAAGCACUUCGCCCUGUCAAUUGACGGCUGGUAAUUUUUAUGUUUUAAAUUUGAAAAACUUCUGCGCAAUCUGUAAGUCCUCGAUGUCAUUCCUUACACUUUUGUUUUCGAUGCAG